CAUCAUACAACACCUUCUUUUAUUCUUUUCUUCUCCUAAACACUUAUCCCAUCCCAUUUAUUUACUAGUACUAUAUUUGUUAUAUAUUAAAACAUUCUCGCUGUCUAUAUAUACGCGUACAACACACACAAUCUAAUAAAUAAGCAAUUGUAUUUUCUCUGUAGCUAGAUUUUACAGAGAGAUGGCAGAUUGGGGGCCAGUGAUAAUAGCGGUGGUGCUGUUUGUGUUGUUGUCGCCAGGGCUGUUGUUGCAAAUACCAGGGAGGAACAGAGUUGUGGAGUUUGGGAACAUGCAAACAAGUGGGCUUUCCAUACUCGUUCACACCAUCAUCUAUUUUGGUCUUGUCACCAUCUUUCUCAUUGCCAUCGGUGUUCAUGUCUAUACUGGCUAGCUCCUAGCUCCUACAAGUUAAUUAAUUAUUUCGUGUUCCAAUUUGUUCCUUUGUUCUGUUUUCAUUAAUUUGUAUGAAUUGUAGUGUUUAGUUGUUCGAUUUGAUUCAAAUAAGUAUAAGUUCAUGAUUAAUUAUACUAUAUGUUUGUUAUUUUA